CUAUACUCGUUCCACCAACUGAUCAUUUUAUAGAAAGAUUGAAAAUGCAAGGUCUUAAACCUAUCAAAGUGAGCACAGACGUUGAAAAAUUGACAUUGCACAAUGUUAUGGAAAAUCAGCCUUUGAGUCCAAUGGCUCGUAUGUUUCAUGAGCCUGAUUCUAACGUCUAUAUUAUGGCCAUGAUUGGUUUGAAGACAGAAAUCAAUGCAGAAGUUGUUAAAGCAAACUUGGUGCAUACUUUGGUUAAGCACCCUCGUUUCUCUAGCUUGCAGGUUGUGGAUGAACAGAAUGGUGGGAGGCUAAUCUGGCUACCAACCGAGGUGAAUUUAGACAAUCACGUUGUAGUCCCCAAGCUGGACCCAAACAGCAUUGAAUUGUCUGAUAAAUUUGUGGAAGAUUACAUCUCCAAUCUCAGCAAAAAUGGAAUCAAGAUGUCAAUACCAAUGUGGGAUAUCCAUCUCCUCAACGUUAAAACUUCUGAUGCUGAAUCCGUCGCCGUUCUUCGAGUCCACCACUCUCUCGGUGAUGGAACUUCUCUUAUGUCUCUCUUCCUUGCUUGUACUCGUAAGGUUUCUAACCCAGAAGAACCCCCCACCAUUCCAAUGGUUAAUAAAGCGAAUUCCAAAAAAUCUUCAAGAGGGUUAUGGGGAAAACUCAUCAAGCUAUGGUUGGCUUUGUUGCUGUUCUGGAACACUCUUGUUGAUGUUGUGAUGUUUCUUGCUACGACAUUAAUGCUUGUAAAGGAUACGGAAACGCCUCUUAAAGGUCCCUUGGGCGUUGGAACAACUCCUCGGCGAUUUGUUCAUCGAUCUGUCAGUUUGGAUGAUAUCAUGCUUAUAAAGAAUACAAUGAGAACUACAAUCAAUGAUGUUAUGCUAGGAGUGACUCAAGCAGGCUUGUCUCGGUAUCUCAAUCGAAAAUAUGGGGAGAGUAUUAAGAUUGAUAAGGGAGCAUCAGAAAGAAGAAACAAUCUUCCAAAGAACAUUCGUCUUAGAGCGACCUUUUUCAUGAACCUCAGGCCGUCUCCAGGGAUUCAAGAGCUAGCUGAUAUGAUGAAGAAGGGUACUAAAGCAAAGUGGGGCAACCAAAUUGGUUAUUUAAUCUACCCUUUCACCAUUGCAUUACGAGAUAAUCCAUUAGGCUACCUCAGAGAAGCUAAGGCCGCCAUGGAUAGGAAAAAAGCUUCUUUAGAGGCUUCUUUCUCUUAUUUCUUGGCUAAAUAUUUUCUCAAGUUUGGUGGCAUGAAGAUGGCUAGCUUUCCAUCUCAAACCACAUUGUGGUUCUCAAAUGUGGCUGGCCCCAAAGAAGAAAUCAGUUUAUUUGGACAUCCAGUGGCUUAUAUAGCCCCAAGUUGUUUUGGGCAACCCAAUGGAUUGAUGAUUCAUGUUGUAAGUUAUGUGAACAAGAUGACAUUCAUCUUAUCAGUUGAUGAUGGUAUUAUUCCUGACCCUCAUCAGCUUUGUGAUGAUCUUGAAGAAUCUCUUAACCUCAUCAAAACCGCCAUCAUCAAUUUGAAGACGACUACUUAAGAUAAAUGGUCAUAACUUCACCGCAUACAUAUUAAUGCAGUACCAGUUCAUGGCUAUAUGCUAGUAUCUUCAUAUGUAAUUCUAAAUAAUGGAACUGGGAAAAUGUACUGAAUCACUUUUACAAGUUCAUAGUUAUAUGUUUGCAAUAGCUAAG